AUGGUUCACAACCAAGAUCACCACCAGGCGGGUCACUACCAAGAUCACCACCAGGCAGGUCACCACCAAAAUACCACUAGGCAGGUCACCACCAAGAUCACAACCAGGAAGAUUACCACCAAGAUCCCCACCAAGCAGGCCAUCACCAAGAUCACCACCAGGCAGCUCAACACUAAGAUCCCUACAAGGCAGGUCAACUCCAUGCAGGUCACCACCAGGAUCACCAUCAGAAAGGUCACCACCAAGAUCCCCACAAGGCGGGUCGCCAUCAAGAUCACAACCAGGCAGGUCACCACCAAGAUCGCCACCAGACAGAUCACCAUCAAUGUCCCCACAAGGCAGGUCAACCCCAGGCAGGGCACCACUAAGAUAACAACCAGGCGGGUCACCAACAAGAUCCCCCUCAGGAGGGUCACCAACAAGAUCCCCAUCAGGAGGGUCACCACCAAGAUAAUCAGCAAGAUCACAACCAGGCAGGUCACCACCAAGAUUACAACCAGGCAGGUCACUACCAAGAUCACAACCAGGCAGGUCACUACCAAGAUCACAACCAGGCAGGUCACCACCAAGAUCCCUACCAGGCAUGUCACCACUAACACCACCACCAGGAAGAUCAUCACCAAGAUCCCCACCAGGCAGGCCACCACCAAGAUCACCACCAGGCAGGUCAACACCAAGAUCCCCACAAGGCAAGUCAACUCCAUGCAGGUCACCACCAGAAAGAUCACCACCAGAAAGGUCACCACCAAGAUCCCCACAAGGCAGGUCGCCAUCAAGAUCACAACCAGGCAGGUCCCCACCAAGAUCGCCACCAGACAGAUCACCACCAAUGUCCCCACAAGGCAGGUCAACUCCAGGCAGGGCACCACCAAGAUCCCCACCAGGCAGGAUAAUAUUAAGAUCACCACGAAGAUAACCACCAACUGGGUCACCAACAAGAUCCCCCUCAGGAGGGUCACCAACAAGAUCCCCAUCAGGAGGGUCACCACUAAGAUAAUCAGCAAGAUCACAACCAGGCAGGUCACCACCAAGAUCACAACCAGGCAGGUCACUACCAAGAUCACAACUAAGCAGUUCACCACGAAGAUCCCCACCAGGCAGGUCACCAACAAGAUCACAACCAGGCAUGUUACCAUCAAGAUCACUACCAGGAAGAUCACCACCAAGAUCCCCACCAGGCAGGCCACCACCAAGAUCAACACCAGGCAGGUCAACACCACGAUCCUCACAAGGCAGGUCACCUCCAGACAGGUCACCACUAAGUAG